AUGAGUAUAGCAUCCAUAGCACCAUUAAACAUUACUGGUAAAAACGAAAUGAAAUUUCUUCCCAUAAACAUAUUGCUUAAGUUAAAUGCAAUCCUAAAAAAAUCAGUAUUUAGCAGAAAGUUUUAUCAAGAAAUCAAUGAUAAAGUAUUGAGUAAAUCUUCAACUGUUGAUGCUAACUUGUAUUUCAUUUGUUACUUUACAUUAUUGUUAUCGAGUAUUUUGAACAAUAAACCAAAGAUCAGACAGUACUUGUUAAAGCAAAAAUAUAACCUUGUUAAAGUUGUAAAUUCAUUCUGCAAUAACACAUUGGGGAGAGCACCUAAGGAUUCAUCUAAUAAAACUAUUUCCAGAUUUUUCCUGACGCAGGAUCCAUCAAUGAAUCCAGCAGUUUCUAGUGACAGCGAUAGGCCGGUUUCCAAAUUAGCUGUUCAUUUAAAGUCUAUUUCUUCGUACAUUUCUGAUGUAAGAAUAUUUAAUAGACUAACUGAAUCCAUCAAAUAUAUGCCUUGGAUUAUUGAUGAGUUUUAUGCUUUUAUGAACCCUGCCAGUGCAGUCCCCAAGUUUGAUAGAUUUGUGAAUUUGUUACAAUCUUUGAAUUGCUUACUUCUAGAAUUAUUUGAACAUGCUGGUUGGUUGACAGACCACAAUUGGGUAGGAACUCCAGAUAAUAAUUAUUGGUGCCUUUUGACGUAUGUCUGGUGUUCCAGAAUCUGGGGGGCUUAUUUAAUUAUUGAAAUUAUUGAACUAUUUAGAAGGGUACCAAUGAGCAAAUGGGAUAAGAAUUGGAGACUUAGCUUAUUUAAACAGGCUGUCCAGGUUCCCCUUGUGGUCCACUGGUCAUUGUACGAGGGCUGCUUAAGCCCAUUCUGGGUUGGUUUAUGCGGUAGUGGUGCUUCAUGGUGGAACUUUAGAGAUAUGUGGCUGUCUAUUGACUUAAGUUAA